AUUUUAUAUGUAGGUGUCACUAAUUUGCAUUCCUUCUUGUUAGUCCGGUUACUGCACAAGCCUGAGCUCUCUGAUAAUAAUAUAGACCCUUUGAGCUAUAUUCUUAUCAUCUCUUCCACUUGCAAGUAUGAAAAGAUCUUACUCAAUGUUCUCUUCUUCUUCUCGUAGAACAGAAUAUGAUGUGUUUUUGAGUUUUAGGGGUGAAGACACCCGCAACAAUUUUACAAGUCAUCUCUAUUCUGCUCUUUGUCAGAAAGGAAUCUACACCUUCUUAGACGACGAUAAACUUGAGAGAGGCAAAUCCAUUUCCCCAGAACUGUUGAAAGCCAUCGAAAAUUCACGCUGUUCUGUCAUCGUUCUCUCGGAAAACUAUGCUUCUUCGAGUUGGUGUUUGGAUGAGCUUGUCAAGAUUCUUGAAUGCAGGGAGGCCUUUAAACAGAUUGUUCUGCCAAUUUUCUACCAUGUGGAUCCAUCUCAUGUACGGAAGCAGAUUGGAAGUUUUGGAAAAUCAUUCCACAGAUAUGAACAAGAUUUUAGUCAAAAGGUGCAGAAAUGGAGGAAUGCUUUAACACAAGUUGCCAGUCUUGCUGGAUGGGCUUUACAUGAUGGGAAUGAAGCAAAAUUUAUACAAGACUUUAUCGCAAAGGUAUCAAAUAAACUUGGUGUUGCACAGUUAAACAUUUCAGAGGACCUUUUUGGUAUGGAUUCACGACUAGAGAAACUAAAUGUUUGUGUUUGUGCUUCAUCAUUGGAUCAUGUUCACUUUAUUGGAAUUUGUGGGUUGGGCGGAAUUGGGAAGACAACUCUUGCCAAAGCUUAUUAUGAUUGGAUGUCUUCUCAAUUUGAAGGUUGCAGCUUCCUUAUAAAUAUUAGAGAAGUUUGUGAAAAGAAGGAAAAUGGUCUUGUGUAUUUGCAAAAUCUUCUCCUUUCAGAUAUUCUAAAUGGUUUGCCUACAGAAGUAAGGGAUAUUCAUAAAGGAAUGGACAUGAUAAGAAGUAAGUUAUGCCAUAAGAAAGUACUUGUUGUCCUUGAUGAUGUUGACAAAUUAGACCAGCUAAAAGCAUUAGCUGGGAAAAAUAAUUGGUUUGGCUCUGGAAGUAGAAUAAUUAUAACUACUAGGGACGAAAGUUUGCUUCUAAGUACAUAUAUAGAGUGUAGAAUAUAUAGAGUUCAGGAAUUGAGUUAUAGCAAAGGUCUUCGACUUUUUUCUCACAAAGCCUUCAAAAGUACUCAUCCUUCAAAGGAAUAUGAGAAGUUGUCUGAAAAUGUGAUAGCUUAUGCUCAUGGCCUUCCAUUGGCUUUAGAAGUACUAGGUUCCUUUUUAUGUGGAAAAAGUGUAAAUCAAUGGGAAAGUGCUCUGGAUAGGCUGAAGGAUUAUCCAAACAAGGAUAUUAUGAAAGUACUUCAAAUCAGUUUUGAUGGACUUGAGGAAACAGAGAAAAGUAUUUUCCUUGAUAUUGCAUGCUUCUUCAAUGGAUUUGAAAAAGACAAUAUUAUUCAAAUUAUGGAUAGCUGUGGUUUCUUUCCAGAAAUCGGGAUAAGAGUUCUUAUUGAUAAAUCUCUCCUCCAUGUUGACUAUGAUGACAAAGUUCGUAUGCAUGACUUAUUGCAAGAGAUGGGAAAGGAAAUUGUUCGGGCAAAAUCUCGCAAUGAACCAGGAAGAUGCAGUAGAAUAUGGAAUUAUGAUGAUUUAUGUCAUGUUUUAAAGCAUAACACGGUAAGAGGUUUUCUCACAUAAUUAAAAUCAUGACUUUUGGUAUUUGUAUUUCAUAAUAUUUCCAUUUUAUAAAUUCAGUAUGUUGUUAUUUUGAGGCUAUCAUAUUUUUAUCUCCUUGUUCAUUUUAACCAUUAUUAUUAUUUAUUUUUGGGAUUAGUAAUAUAUUUAGAUGAUUUUGAAGCUUGUAAUUAUUAGGAAGUAACAAAAUGCAUUUAAAUCCUUUUCAUUUGGCAUGUUUGAAAUACCAACGUGUUUUUAUAAAUUAUAUAUAUAUAGUUUUUAUGCGGCAUUUGGCUGCACAUUAUAUACAGCCUUUUACACAUUACGUUUCACUUGUAUGUUUUAAUCUUAACUAGUAGGGAACAAAAGUGGAAGCCAUAGUAUGCUGUUUUCUAGAACCGAAGAAACUGGUUUGCGAUUUUGAAGCCUUCUCAAGCAUGAAGAAGUUAAGAUUGCUCAUUCUUCAGAAUCUUGUCUUGGAAAUGAGAGAUGGUCAGACACUGAAUAUUGAACACCUUUCUAAAGAGUUACGAUUCCUUAGGUGGCAUGAAUUUCCUGCCAAAUAUUUGCCAUCAAAUUUCCAACGAGGUGGACUUGUUGAAUUGAAGUUGUGGUUGAGCAAACACCUUUGGAAUAACGCUAUCAAGCCUUUAAACAAUUUGAAAACCAUCGACAUAAGUUAUUCAACAAAUUUAAGAAAGUUUGAAGACUUUGGGGUGGUUCCAAAUCUAGAGAAGUUGAUUCUUGUAGCUUGUGUAAAUCUAUCGGAGAUUCACCCAUCCAUCACACUUCUUGAAAGGCUUACUAUCUUGAACCUGAAAGCUUGCAAUAGUCUACAAAAUCUUCCAACAAGCAUAGGUGGUCUGAAAUCUCUCAAUGUUCUAAACCUUGAAGGUUGUGUAAGCCUUACCGACUUACCCGAGGACUUGGGGAUGGCUACAUAUCUAGAGCAGUUGAUUCUUGAAGAUUGUAGAAACCUAGUGGAGAUUCCCCCAUCCAUCAGACUUCUUGAAAGGCUUAUUAUCUUGAACCUGAAAGCUUGCAUUCGUCUACAAAAUCUUCCAACAAGCAUGGGUAGUCUGAAAUCUCUCAAAGUUCUAAACCUUGAAGGUUGUGUAAGCCUUACCAACUUACCAGAGGACUUGGGGCUUUUAAAUAGUUUAGAGGAGCUCAAUUUGAGAGGCAUUUCUGUAGAAGACAGAGAUCUACCAUCUUCCAUUGCACUUCUUGAAAACCUUAAAACACUAUCUUGUUGCGGAGGACGACAAUGGAACAAUAUGAUGAACAUCAUCGUUGGAAAAGGUCUCUCAUCAUCGGCUGGUCUUUUUUCUUUGAAAAAGUUGAAACUAGUCAGCUGCGGUCUUGGGAAUGGAGCAUUUCCUGAAAAUCUUGGCUGCUUAGUUUCUUUAAAACAUUUAAACCUCAGCAAUAAUGAUUUUUCUCACCUACCUAUCAGUUUCAAUAAACUAUCCAAGCUUAGGGAGAUUGACUUAAGUUACUGUAGAGAUCUAGAAUUGUUGGGGCCAGAGCUUCCUCCUGGUCUAGAAUGGGUAGGUCUUAGUUACUGUGUAUCACUGGGCAUGUUUCUUGAUCCAUUAAUGAAGGAGCAAUGCAGAUUGGGGUGUUCUGCAACUUGCGUGGGAUGCUUGAAAUUGGCAAGAAGGCAGGGCAGCGAAAGGACAGCAUUUACAUUACUCAAAGCACACCUUCAGAAUCGCCCCAGCAAAAGAUUUGACAUUCUUCUUCCUGGUAACGAAAUUCCAUCCUGGUUCACUCGUACAAGUUUUGAGCCCUCCAUACAUUUACAAUUAGAUCCGAAUUGGUGCAACAGUAACUGGAUGGGUUGCGCUUUUUUUUUAUGCGCUUUUAUACCAAGCCCAAUUUUCGACUAUUAUGCAAUGAUUCAGGAAGUGGGCCGUGGAUUUGGACUACGACCGAAGACUUAUCGACGUGACGUGGUCUCAGCGGUGGGUUUCCCAGUGGAUCACCUUUGGUUAUUGUAUGUGCCUCGUAAUUACAUGGGCGAAAAGUGGCAAAUGAAGAACCCCAGUCGGCUUAACUUUUCAUUUGAAACAAAAGACUUGGAUGGUGAAACACUUACAGAGAAGUACAUUAGAUCGUGUGGUGUCCGUCUGGUGUACGAGCAAGACAUAGAAGCUAUGAACCCAAUUUCCAGCAACCGCAUCGAAUAUCCUUUUGAAGGAUGAGGACAAAAAAAUUAAAAAAAUUAAAAAACUCCAGCUUGUAUAUAUAUAUAAAUUA